AUGGCAGCCACCGCCUUCUCGCUCCUCAUCCUCUUCUUCCUCCUACGCUCCUCUUCCGCCGCCCUCUCGCCGUCCGCCUCCGCCGCGGGAGUCCUCCGCUCCCGCGGCUACUCCCUCAUGGCCCGGGUUCUUGACCUUGCCGCCAACUCCGGCGGGAGCCUCAACGGCUGGAACGCCACCGGAACCCUCUUCGCCCCCACGGACUCCGCCUUCAAGCACCCCCGCCGCCGCCUCUACCUCGGCCUCCCGCAGCCGCCAAUGUCCCCUUCCCCCGCCUCCCUCCUCUACCACACCGCCCGUUCGCGCGCUCUCCUCUAUGCCGAUCUCGCCUCCCGGCCCCCCGGAACUCCCAUCGCCACCUUGUCCCGCCGCCGCCUCUGCCUCUUCCUUCGCCGCGCCCCCGGCGGCGAGCUGUGCCUAGCGGAAUCGGCGCGGCCCGCGGUGCCCUGCGUCCGGAUCCGCGACCCGGACCUCUACCUCGGUGGCGAUCUCGCCAUCCACGGCAUCGACGGCGUUCUUUAUCCGACAUCCGCGUCUCCUUGCCAGGCCAACACGUGGCGCGACGCGGCUCCCUUCGUUGGGACGGUGGGGGCGCUCCGACGAAGGGGGUACACCGCGGUGGCGGAUGCGAUGGAGGCGCGGCGGGACGAGCUGGAGGCGCUGACGGCCGUCACCGUCUUCGCCCCAAUGGACUCUGCUCUAGUUGAGGGGUUCCGCGGCGAUCUCCGUCACCACGUCGUCCCGCGCCGUUACCACCUCCACGAGCUCGCGCGGCUCUCGCUGGGAUCGCGUAUCGAGACGAUGGCCCCCGGGAAGACGAUCGCCGUCGGAUCUAACGACGGCGCCGUGACGGUUAACGGCGUCGUCGUUGACGGGGAGGAGAUCCACAGCGACGAUUGGGCGGUGGUUUUCCCCAUUCACCUGCCGCUCCGGUUCGAAGAUUCCGGCACCUCGACGGACUCCAUCGGUGGUGCCGCUAUCUCUCCGUCGGCAUUCGGCAGUGAAGUGCACUCGACUUCAAUCGGUUACGAGCCUACGGCGUCGCCGGAUUCCGUCGCAUUUGACGGCAAGUGCGAGUCUCUGGACAGUUCCUCUGGUCAAGAUUCCGUUCUCGCCGUUGCCGCCGUCUCGGUUCCGUCCGCUGGGGCCCAAGAAUUGGCGAACGGCGAAGAGGAGCCAUGGUGCACGUGGCGGAAAUCUGAACGAUGUAGUGCCGUACGAGUGGUGUCUGAUGCGGGGUCCGCGCCACGUGGCUCCGUGCUCGCUCGGUAG